AGUCACUCAACUUCAUCCACAACAUGCUUUCCACAACUGGAAGAAGCGCUGCGAGGCGCAUUGCCUCUGUUCGAUAUCCUCUAUCACGAAACGCCCUUCGAGCUGCGUCCUGUCAUACACAAAGAGCAAUCCGGCUGUCUCCAUCUGCAAUCCCCGUUGCUAUAUCACAAUGUCGAAGCUAUGCAAGUGGUCGACCUCACCCGCCCGGGGGCACACAUCGCAUGAACUUGGGCGGUGAACCAGAGAAGAGUGCAUUGGAACAAUAUGGGAUUGACCUGACUGCAAAGGCAAAGGACGGGAAGCUGGAUCCUGUCAUAGGCAGAGACUCCGAGGUGCAUAGAACGAUUCAGAUUCUGUCCAGGCGCACGAAAAACAACCCGGUUCUGAUCGGUUCAGCCGGAGUCGGAAAGACUGCCAUACUGGAAGGGUUGGCACAACGUAUAGUCAAAGGCGAUGUACCCGAGUCGAUUCAGGACAAGAAAGUCAUCUCGCUCGACUUGGGCAGUCUGAUUGCUGGAGCAAAAUUUCGUGGAGAUUUCGAAGAGCGGCUCAAGGCAGUAUUGAAAGAGGUACAGGAUGCGCAUGGCGGCGUGAUUCUCUUUAUCGACGAAUUGCACACUCUACUCGGACUGGGCAAGGCCGAGGGUUCCAUCGAUGCUAGCAACUUGCUUAAGCCGGCACUAUCACGUGGUGAACUGCAGUGCUGCGGAGCUACGACUCUCAACGAAUAUCGACAAAUCGAAAAGGACGUCGCUCUUGCUCGCAGAUUUCAGCCCAUCCUAGUUGGUGAGCCUUCAGUGCAAGAUACUGUUUCCAUUCUGAGGGGCAUAAAGGAUCGCUACGAAGUGCACCAUGGAGUGCGAAUCACCGAUGGAGCUCUGGUUGCAGCAGCAGCAUACUCGAAUCGAUACAUCACAGACCGUUUUCUUCCCGACAAGGCCAUAGAUCUGGUGGAUGAAGCCGCUUCAGCUCUCCGGCUGCAGCAAGAAAGCAAACCAGAUGCCAUUCAGGAGCUGGAUCGCCAGAUCAUGACGAUACAAAUUGAGCUUGAAUCAUUACGCAAGGAGACGGAUGUUGCCAGCAAAGAGCGCCGGGAACAGCUCGAAAAGACAUUGACCUUGAAACAGGACGAGGUCGGUGCUCUGACUGAGAAGUGGGAGGCAGAACGCGCCGAGAUCGAAGGGAUUAAAAGAACGAAAGAAGAGCUCGAGAGAGCACGUAUCGAGCUAGAUCAAGCGCAACGCGAAGGAAACUUUGCCAAAGCAAGUGAGCUGCGCUAUGCAAAGAUUCCGGAGCUACAAAAGAAGCUUCCUGAAGACCAAGGCGGGAAUUCCAAAACCACUGCCCAAGACACACUCAUCCAUGACUCUGUGACAGCGGAUGACAUCGCUUCCGUCGUAGCAAAGUCGACAGGUAUCCCGGUCACGAAGCUGAUGAGUGGUGAUAUCGAGAAGCUCAUCGAUAUGGAGAACGUGCUUCGUCGAUCGGUGCGUGGGCAGGAUGAAGCUCUAGUGUCUGUGGCAAACGCAGUCCGUAUGCAACGAGCCGGCCUCAGUGGCGAGAACAGACCUAUUGCUUCGUUCAUGUUCCUUGGCCCUACCGGAGUAGGGAAAACGGAGCUCUGUAAAAGGAUGGCAGACUUUCUCUUCUCCUCAUCCAACGCUGUUGUUCGGUUCGACAUGAGUGAAUUCCAGGAAAAGCAUACUGUCUCGCGCCUGAUCGGAUCGCCGGCUGGUUAUGUUGGGUACGAAGAUGCCGGACAACUGACAGAAGCGGUCAGAAGAAAGCCGUAUGCAGUAUUGCUCUUUGAUGAGUUUGAGAAAGCCCAUCGGGAUAUCAGUACUCUACUGCUCCAGGUUCUCGACGAAGGCUUCCUGACUGACGCUCAAGGACACAAAGUCGACUUCCGGAAUACGAUUAUUGUGUUGACAUCGAAUCUCGGGGCGGAAGCGCUGAUCGCGGACGAUAGCGACGGAUCUGAGAUAUCCCCAGAAGUCAAAAAGCAGGUCAUGGACGUCGUGCAAGCCUCGUACCCACCCGAGUUCAUCAAUCGUUUGGACGAAUUCAUCAUCUUCAAGAGACUGUCCAAGGAAGCGUUGCGGGGUAUCGUUGAUAUCAGGUUGAAAGAGCUGCAAGCCAGACUGGACGACCGGCGCAUCACACUGGAUGUCAGCGACGAAGUCAAAGAUUGGCUCUGCGAUCACGGCUACGACCCUCGCUACGGUGCGAGGCCGUUGAACCGCCUCAUUGCGAAGGAAGUUGGCAACAGUUUGGCGGACAAGAUCAUUCGAGGUGCUAUCACGAGCGGAGAUGUAGCGACCGUCACGUUUCAGGAUGGAAGAAAUGGCCUUGAUAUCCUUGUUCCUGGCGUUGCUGAGGCGUAAGAGCGAGUGGUGUACACAAAGGAUGAACGAAUUACGAAGUCAUGAUGGCACAGCAUGGGAAUUGUAGUUGUAAAAGAUUAUUAUAUGUACAUUACUAUCUACCUGUAGACUAUCUAGCCAAUACCCUGCUUACG